UCCAUGGUGAUACAUGAGAAAUUGUACGUUUUCAGCUUCUUUUAGAAAUUAGCUGUAAUCGGUAAAUUGGACAUAUAUUUGAAGAUUUGAGUGUCCGUGAUGUUUAAUAAUCGUUUUAAAUACGAAAAGGCAAGGAGGCGAUUAGCUGCUGUAACUUUUCUGUCCAACAUUUCAUUGGAUGGAACAAUUAAAGGUACUGAUUUAGUACAUUUGGCUGAAAAAUCAUUGAAAACUGAAAAAGCUGACGUUGGUGAUAGCAAUACAGAACAUGAUGAGCUAAAGAAUAAUUCAUGUAAUCGACAAAAAAAAAUACAAGUUAGUCCACUUCAUCGCCUGGGAGCUGAUAAUCACUCCCUUAGUUCAGACUCUGAGUUAACAAACACAAUUACUCCUGUGAAAAGCAAUAUCAACACUUUCAGAGAAAGAUGUGCAUCUGGAAAUACCGAUUCAUUCAAAGAUAAACAAGCAUCAGGCAGAGUUAAAAAGGGUCACUUGGUAUCUGUAACUGGAGUUACAACUGAUGAUAAAAGCAGUACAGAAAGUUUAAAUUUUGGUCGUAUUCGUAAUGUCAACAACUGCAUUCCUGAGAAUCAUAGCAAGGAAUUGCGAUUAGUUCGCCCAAGUAAAGGAGUUUCAUUUAGGGAUGAGCGGCUUGCAUUUGCUCCAUCACAAGGUGUACCAUGUGUUGUGUUUAGUACUAUACCUUAUUCAAAGACUGUUCGUAAUCCACGAUCAGAUUUAAGAAAAGAUGGUGUUCGUAGGCGUAAUACUUCAGGACCAAGGCCUCUCUCUGCUAUUACUGAUAAUGGUGUGGAUCCUUUUGAUCUGCUUGGUUUAGAAAGGGAAGAGAAUGGGCAAGACAUUUCUUAUUCAAAACUGUUGGUUCCGUCAAGAGUUUGUACAAGAGAACAGUACAAAAAAAUGUAUGAAGGCGACUUCACUGACAAGUCAAAUUGGAAAAUUUUGAAUCGCCAUCCACAUGUUAUUGCGAGGUGUUUCUCGUAUGAGUCGUCGCAAAGAACCACAAUGGCGGCGUCUCCUCCACAUUCUUCAGUAGAAAUGAAGACAUUUGAUUGGGAUGAAGGGACACUUAUAUCACAAAAAUAUGUACAUUAUUGUCCAAACGUGCUUGACGAUCCAGAACUGAUUGCUGGCAAACACAGGACUUUGCUGACGUUCACAUCAUACAUGACUUCAAUUAUUGACUAUGUCCGUCCUCAAGACUUAAAAAAGGAAUUGAAUGAUAAAUUUCGGGAGAAGUUCCCACACAUCAAAUUGACGCUCAGUAAAUUGAGAAGCAUUAAAAAAGAGAUGCGCAAAAUAGCAAAGCACGAUGGUGGAGGAAUUGAUUUAUUAUCCGUCGCUCAAGCUUAUGUUUAUUUCGAGAAACUUAUUCUUGCAAAUUUAAUCAACAAAGAUAACAGAAAACUAUGCGCAGGUGCUUGUUUGCUACUGUCAGCUAAGCUCAAUGAUGUUAAAGGAGAAACUCUGAAGGCGUUAAUAGAGCGUAUCGAAACAACUUUUAGAGUGAAUAGAAAAGAUUUGAUGCGUUUCGAGUUUGCUGUAUUGGUGGCCCUAGAGUUUGGAUUGCACGUUCCACCGUACGAGGUGUUCCCGCACUAUCAACGGCUGCUGCACGACUCGUGACCCUGGCGAAGGCUGGCCUUCGAGCCGUGCAUCCGCGUCUGCCAUCGGAGGCGAGCGAGCAUCGUAGACAAUCUAAGAGCCAGCGCUUGGAUAUAAACAUGCGGGCAAGUGUUCCUUCUUAUUAUAUAGGGCGUCGUUUCUCAUCGUUAUUGGGGUUGCGACCCAUUCGUAAUAGUCAAACGGUUAAAUAAUAAUCGACACAUUCCCAUAGACGCUUACAAAAUCUAAUUUAAACUUUCAUGAUAAUGUAUACCGGGGGCCAAUUGUCUAAUUUUAAAAUCAAUCGCAAUCCCUUACAAUUUGACAUUUGAUAUAUAUUAAUGAACUUUAAUCUGCAACCUGUUUGACGUGUGAUAGCGCUUGUUAUCGUGACGCUUCUUUGAAUUGGAUGACCGAUAUGGUUAAUUGGACGUUAGUUGAAAUUAUUAAAGGCAAGCUUUAUACGCAAAUGUUUUUGAAAGCUAUUGAGAAAUGUCAAACGAACGAGUUAAAUACUAACUGCAACCUUUCAAUGGGUUUAGCAAAGUUUUUAUUAUGUUUCUUGAUUAAUCAAAUCAUCAUUCAUUACAAAAGCGUUUGUGACUUUAAACGUUACACGAUAAAUCAUUAACGCCACCGCAAACCUUUAAAAAGGAUUACAGUAGAUUUCGAAAUUACGCAAUUAGCCCACAGAUCUUAUUUUUAAAAAAUGGGUGCGAUGCCUAUAAUAUGGGUCCUCAAGUUGAGAAAUGAUUAUACGCCCGCAAUUUUCGACAUUGCAGUUUUCUACAGGAAAAAGAUAUUUCUCGCACUUCCGUUUAUUGUGUGUCAGCAUAAUAAGAUAUGGUUCUUGUUGGUAACUCUUUGCAAUAUUAAAUUUAUUCACAGAAAUUAAUUAACUUAAGCAAAAGUCCAGUUUUACAGUUUAUUUUUCUAUCAUUUCAAGUAUUACUGUUUAAGUGACAAUAAUUGAAUUCACUAAAAGAUAGAAAUUUGGAUUGUUUCCCUGCUAGGAAACAAGGUGCCUUAAAACUAAUACAAAUUUGUGUAACUUAUUCAGAUAAUUUUCAUUGGCGAUUAGUUCCUAGAAACAAAAGUGUACUACCUAAUUAAGUGAUUUAUGAGCGAGUAUUAAGUGUAAUCAGGUUUCACUAAAUUCGCUGUCAGUUCGUAGCGAACUGGUUAUAGUGCGAGGAAUUGCUGGAAUGUUAUAAGAAUUGAGGAAGCUGUUUCUUGUCAAGAAUUGUUGUUAUGUUAUAAUUCUUACAUAGUUAAUUUCAUUUAUGUAUAUAAUGCGCAUAGGUCUUAAUUAAAUACAGUAUUGUUCACCAAUUCAGUCUUACUUCUCUCGUCUUAUUUUAAAGGUAAAAAAGAGAUUGUAUUUUAAGUAAAUUCAUUAAGCACAAACUUUAGCUAUAUUAAAUAAAAAUUUGGUGGGAUAGUUCGAUAUAAAAUUUUAUCGUAUUUCCUUGGGCAAACAAAUUAUUAUUGAUAUUUUUGUAUGAACAACAUUUGGUUUGUUAUCCAGACGUGAUAUAUUAAAUAAUUUUAUGUAAUGACCAUUUUAUAUUUGAGAUAUAGAUAGUUGGAAAUUAAGUUUAACAUUUAUAGUAUGUAACUCCAUAACAUUUAAUGAUUAGAUUCUAGAUAAACAUUAAACGCACUGUACAAUAAAUGACAAUGGUCAACAAAUGGUCGGAAAGCCAUGCAGUCUAGUCUUGGGCGUAAUAGUUCGCAACUUCUAAACGAACUACAAGAGCGAUCUAGUUCGAUUUCUAACCUCUUUGCUCUAUACAGUAGGAGCAGUUUUAAAACGAGCGAACGCUCUGCCUUAUAAUUGAAUAAUUUUAAGGCAGAUACUGCUCCUUCCUGUUGUGACAAAAUUAUUGAACAUGCACAUUUAUAUCAAAUUUUUGGACAC